AUGACGGUCUCCUCCUUGCUUGCUUCGGCGUUCUUCGCAUGGACGGCUUCGAGCCUGGUUCUGGCGCAAACGCCAGUCCAGGUGACUCUCGGCGAGACGGAAGUGACUGGAAUGUCUUUGAACUUUGGGGGACUUGGGGUGGAUUUCUUCGGAGGGCUUCCCUUUGCUCUGCCUCCACUUGGGGAGCUGCGGUUUGCGCCCCCUGUAGCUGUCGGUGUCAUCGACUCUCCGACCUUUGACGCCACAGGGUUUGGCCCGGCUUGCGCCCAGAUGAACGUAAGUCCUUCUUCAGAAGACUGUCUGACGCUAAAUGUCUUCCGACCUGCGGGGUUCGACGCUUCCGCGGCGCUCCCAGUGAUGGUGUGGAUCUACGGAGGAGGGUUCGCAGAGGGUCAAACGUCGAUUUACAACGCGACGGAGAUCAUCGUCCAGAGCGUGAUUCGUGGCACACCCGUGGUCUAUGUUAGCAUCAACUACCGGGUGGGCCCGUUCGGAUUCCCUCAGGGUGAAGAAGCCGCACGUCGCGGGGCUUUGAACCUUGGGUUGAAAGACCAGCUAGCGGGCUUGAAGUGGGUCCAAAAUAACGUCCGUACCUUCGGCGGGGAUCCGACCAAGGUCACCAUCUUUGGACAAAGCGCGGGUGCGAUCUCCAUCGCCGACCUCUUCCUCCACUCCCACCUCGAGAAGUUCGUCCGCGGCGCGAUCUUCGAGUCGGGCUCACAAGGCACGCUCCCAUUCUUCAACGCGACCCAGCGACAGCCGGCGUGGGACGCGCUCACCGCACUCCUCCCCACGUGCGCCGGCUUCGCACAGAACGACAAGUUCGCCUGCGCGCGCGAAGCGAGCACCGACGCGCUCUUGACGGCGUGGACCCAGUCCGCGGCAGAGUUGCCCGCUGUGUUCCUAUGGGCGCCAGUGAUCGACGGGCCAGAUGGGCUGAUUCCGGACCUGCCCUCACGCCUUCUCGCGGCGGGGAAGUUCUCCAAGAUCCCGUUCAUUGCUGGCACCAACUUGGAUGACGGCACCGACUUCACUCCACACACCUUGAACUCAACGACCGACUUGGAAGAGUUCCUCUUCGUUGCAAACUUGCCCUUCACCACGACACCUCCUGAGACGUUCGAGGCAGACGUUGCAGAGCUCCUCGUUCUUUACCCCGACAAUCCGGCUCUCGGCUCACCGUUCGGGUCUGGCAACAACACGUUCGGUGCCGGCCUCGAGUACAAGCGUGGUGCGGCGCUCCUGGGUGACGUCGCAUUCCAGGAGCCGCGGCGGACAUGGAUCCAGACGGCCAGCGGGUUCGGAGUGCCGACGUUUGGGUAUCUGUUCACGGACCAGAACGCGGCCCUUGCCAAUCCGAGCUUGGGAGUCGCUCACGCGACGGAGAUCACCUACGUCUAUGGUGAGGAGAAGCUCGUGAAUCAGAACCUCAACGUUCGACUCCUGAGUUCGGCCAUGCUCGACUACUGGCUCUCGUUUGUGACGAGUCUGACGCCGAACGACGGGAAGGGCACUCCACGCACGACGUGGCCACAAUACAAGCUCUCUGCUCAGGACAUCGUCCAGUUCGACACGACCGCGUUCGGGAACCUUUCCUUCGCGAACUUCGCGGUCGUUCCCGACACGUACCGCGCGGAGCAAAUUUCAUUCAUCAGGUCCGUCGCUGGAGACCUCUCACAGUAG